AUGCAUGCGUCUCGCAUAAUCCCGUCGACCUUAUCUAUACUGGCCCUACUAAGUCAGUUUCAACUCUCGAUAGCUUCACCAUUGGAACCCGAGGUGAGUCUCGAGGAGGCCACCUUGGAGAAGCGCUGUUCGAAUCCUUGCGGUUAUUAUAGCCAGCUUUGCUGCAGCUCAAGCGAAACAUGCAGCACCAACAGUGAUGGCGAAGCUGAGUGCGUCGGUUCCGGAAGCUGGGAGUAUUACACCACCACGUAUGUCGUGACCGAAACAGAGCGUGCGACUUUUACUUCAACCUGGAGCUCCUACAUUUCGGCAACAACGAGCACUGGCAGUUGCAAUGCCGAGUAUGGUGAAACGGUCUGCGGCAGCGACUGUUGCGGCCCUGCAUAUGUCUGCUCCAACAAUCAAUGUAUCCUGGGAAGCACGUCAAUCUGGGCAACAGCGACUGCCACGCCCCCCGUACGUGGAACAACGCUAUCGACUGUAACUCAAACGGCCACUACUACUGAGCCUUUCACUGCCCCUGUGAGCACAAGCGGCACGCCAUUGGUUGUGAAGGGCUCCGGCGGAGGACUCAGCGGCGGAGCCAUCGCGGGCAUUGUUAUCGGAACAAUUGCCGGCGUGUUCCUUCUGUUACUCCUUUGCGCCUGUAUGUGCUGCCGUGGAGCACUUGAUUCUUUGCUUGCUUGCCUUGGUCUCGGUGGCGGUAGGAAGCGGAAAGAAACCACAUACGUUGAAGAACGUCGUCGUCGUCACCAUUCUUCUUCCGGGGCUAGACCUGAGCAACGCACCUGGUUCGGCAGUCGACCGGCACCAUCAACAGCAGGUGGCGGUAAGAAGAAAGAGUCUGGCAUGGGUGCUUUGGCGACAAUUGGAAUCGUCCUGGGUGCGAUCGCGCUGUGCCUUGGGUUGAAGAGGCGCAGAGACCAUCGCGACGUGGACGAGAAGACCGAUUACACGUAUCCGAGCACCUACUACAGUUACUACUCCUCUGACUACUAUACCAAUGAUGGAAGCGUUGUGACAGAUGAUCGGCGGACGAGAGAUACCAGAAGAACUAGACGAUCUCGCACGCGCUCACGAAGAUGA